AUGCCACGUAAGCAGAGAAAAUGUGGAGAAGGCGUUGGGCAAGUUCAGGGGAAAGAUCAUGCAGAGACCGCCCAUUUAUUCGGCGUUGAGAGUGCAAGGGAAGAGAGACUCUAUGAGUAUGCCAGAGAAGGCAAAGAGGUUCCGAAAGAAAUCGAAGGGGCGGCCGGUAGAAGUGAAGGAACUCGAGAUCGUGAACUGGAUGGGAGGGAGGGAGCCACAACCACGGUCUUCCCAAAGAAGACGCGGAGGAUGAGGCAAAGGAUCUUGCCGAGAAGGUAUUGCAUCUCGGAGAGGCUGUUGCGACGUCUGGGAAACGCUAGUGAAGUUCAAUUCAUGAACGGAACUGCAGGCACAGGCACCAAGAGGAAGCGUUCACUGGAUGACGGUGAUAGCGUAGUACCCAAUAAAAACCCGGAGCUAGGACCUGAAGGGGAGUCUCAAUGGCUCAUGUCAGGAGGCCUCCAAAACCCUGACCAUAGCACCAAAGCAGAUCGAUACUCAUGCACAACAGAGCUCGCCACCACCAAUAGAAGGCCCACCAGCAGUCAAAUUGCGCAUGACAGUGACAUCGGGGUUUUACUGCGUACCAGGCAGGGCGACUUCGAGCUAGGCAAGAACGUGCUAGAAUAUGAAGACUUGGAAAAGGGAGAAGACGUGUGGGGACCAAAGGUAGAGCAGCUGCUUUCGGAUUGGAAGAGUAGCAAUGAAGACAUGAAUGGUGGGGCAGACAGAAGCGACGGGGGAAGAAAGAGACGAAGAAGAAAUAGUAGUAGUGAUGCAUAA